UUCACCCUCUCCUCAUGUUCAUCCAAACAGGGUGUUAAAGCUUAGGGGAACACUGGAGAAAACCCUGAACUCUCUCUCUCUCUCUCUCUCUCUACCUAUCAAUCUAUCAAUCAAAUCCUGCAAACCGCAGAGAAAUCAGAAUUAGUCAUCUGAAUUUUCUGACCCAGUCCAACAGAUCACACAACUCUCUCUCUCUCUCUCUCUCUCUCUCUCUAAGCUUCUCGUCUAUUACACUGCUAUCUUCAAUUCUCUCUUAUUAUCUAUCCAUUUUCUUGAUUUCUUCUUCUGUCCCUCUCCAAAUGAACUGAGAAUUUUUCUGCUUUGCUUCUCGAUUCGGCUGAAGAUUCGGACCCUCCUGGUGUGAUUUUUUUCGUUCUCGUUUGUCUCCGAGAAUCAGGACGUUGUAAGGACGCCCAAUUGGGCAUCUAGAGAUGGGUAUAUAUCUCAGUUCUCCCAAAACUGAAAAAUUUUCUGAAGAUGGUGAUAGUGGUAGGCUCAGAUAUGGCUUGUCAUCCAUGCAAGGUUGGCGUGCCACCAUGGAAGAUGCUCAUGCCGCAUAUCCAGAUCUGGACACUUCCACAUCAUUCUUUGGUGUUUAUGAUGGCCAUGGAGGUAAGGUUGUUGCCAAGUUUUGUGCUAAGUUUCUCCAUCAACAAGUGUUAAAAGAUAAAGCAUAUUCAGCUGGAGAUAUAGGAGCUUCAGUUCAGAAAGCCUUUUUAAGAAUGGAUGAGAUGAUGCGUGGACAAAGAGGAUGGAGAGAAUUAGCCAUCCUGGGAGAUAAAAUAAACAAGUUUACUGGUAUGAUUGAGGGUUUGAUAUGGUCUCCAAGAAGUGGGGAGGGGAAUGACCAACUGGAUGAUUGGGCUUUUGAAGAGGGGCCUCAUUCUGAUUUUUCUGGACCAACUUCUGGGAGUACUGCCUGUGUUGCAAUCAUUAGAAACAACCAACUUGUUGUUGCCAAUGCUGGUGACUCUCGCUGUGUGAUAUCUAGGAAAGGCCAGGCAUAUAAUCUUUCAAGAGAUCACAAACCUGAACUUGAGGUUGAAAGGGAAAGGAUCUUGAGAGCUGGCGGUUUUAUUCAUGCAGGACGAGUUAAUGGAAGUUUAAAUCUUGCUAGAGCUAUAGGUGACAUGGAAUUUAAGCAGAAUAAGUUUUUGCCUGCUGAAAAGCAAAUUGUGACUGCCAAUCCAGAUAUCAAUACAGUUGAGCUUUGUGACGAGGAUGAUUUUAUGGUGCUGGCAUGUGAUGGCAUCUGGGACUGCAUGUCAAGCCAGCAGCUAGUAGAUUUUGUGCACGAACAGUUGAAAGUGGAAAGCAAGCUCUCACUGGUAUGUGAAAGAGUACUUGAUAGGUGUCUGGCACCAUCAACUGCUGGUGGUGAAGGAUGCGACAACAUGACCAUGAUUCUAGUGCAGUUCAAAAAACCCAUUCAGUCUUCUGCUGCUGCUGCGAACUCUUCAACUUCUGAUGUAGCUGAGACUGAAUCAAAACCAGGGGAGACUGAAUCAAUCUAGUGAAUCGAAACAAAUUACUGUUUUGAGCUGUACUCGGAGAAGAUUGAAGGAUCCCAGACAACUUGUACAGAAUAUGUGAAACAAAGUUUGUUUAAUCUACUGUGUUCCAUUCUCAUCAUUCCAUGGUUGCUGGCUUUGAUAAUCCUUGUCUUUAUAUAUAAUCUCGUAUCAGAGUAUUACUUGCAGCACCACUCAAAAUUGAUAUGAAGAGUUUGUUGGAAAUGAUUAUAUGGAAUUCUGCAUCUCAAUGUUGCCUGGAAGAUGAAAAAUGCCUUUAUAAUGAA